AAUCCUCCUAGGCCUUCUCCAUUCACAUCCUCAAUAACUUCUCCAUUAAGCUUUCUGAAUCUCAAUUUCAAACCCUAAUUUUCUUCAGAUCACCAACUUCUGCUCUAGAUAUGGCACCAAAGGCAGAGAAGAAGCCAGCGGAGAAAAAGCCCGUGGAGGAGAAGAAGUCCACUGUAGGAGACAAGACUCCCGCGGAGAAGAAGCCGAAGGCAGGAAAGAAGCUUCCCAAGGAGGGAGGAGCUGGCGGUGAUAAGAAGAAGAAGAGAAACAAGAAGAGUGUGGAGACAUACAAGAUCUACAUCUUCAAGGUUUUGAAGCAGGUUCACCCUGACAUUGGUAUCUCCAGCAAGGCUAUGGGCAUCAUGAACAGUUUCAUCAAUGACAUCUUUGAGAAGCUUGCUCAGGAAUCUUCUAGACUUGCCCGCUACAACAAGAAACCCACCAUCACUUCAAGGGAAAUCCAGACUGCUGUCAGACUUGUAUUGCCUGGAGAAUUGGCCAAACAUGCUGUCUCUGAGGAAUCUGUAGAGAUAAAAAUGUCAACAUGGAAAUAUCUUGUUUGUAGAUAUGAACAGGUUAAAAACGAAGUUACUAGGUAGGAAUACUUGUUCCAAUUACUAUUUUUUAUUGAUUUUUCUGCUAAAGGAUCUGCUAAGUUUUGUUAUGGACCUAUUAUUGCUUAAAUUAUAUUUAAGUCUGUUAAAUAGUUGAUGUUGUAUGGGUUAAUUCUAUAUUUGAUGUUGGAUUAAUGUUUUCGUUCAAUAACAUUUUCGUUCAAUGAAUGUUCAAAUUUGUUCAA